GUCAGAUUGAAUGCUCUUUGUGGGUGGGACUCUCUCAUUUCGGGGAGGUUUAAUGCAGAAGAUGGGUGGGUCCCAUCCCUUGGUUCUGCUGUGAGCGCUUCCAUUCGGUCACACCGGGCAUAUCUCCACCAGCGGAAUCUGAAAGCAUUAGGCGCUGUCAGUGCUGCGAGGAAAAGAGAGGCUGUUUAUCUGGAGAACAAAUUCAUGGAAAUCUGUUUUUUAUUCUUGCAAUGGCAAGUGUUUGGCUACGGAUAGAAAUCUAAACAUUCUUGUUGAAGAUUGAGAAAGCUCGUGUAUACAGGAUUUAAUACUUAUUUUUAAUACGACAUCAUUCUUUUCAAGGUGGAAUGAAUUUGGACAGAAUCGCAGAGACCGUGAUAUCCCCACCGACGCGCGACAUGGCCUCUACGUUUCACUUGCCGAGAACUGCAAACAACACUCGAGAAACGUUGGAGAACUCAAGCAGCGAGUCAUCAGAUACUGAAAUAGCAGGUACAUUAACGGUGUAAUAACAUUGCAUUACCUACUCUCAUUAUUACUAAGUAGGCUAUACAACAGGCAUUUUUGUGUUAAACAUUAUAGGCUAAAAAGGUACUUAUGUGUGUAAUGUAUUCGAUAUUAAGAGAAACUAAAAUAUGUAGCUUACAACAUUGCCCAAUGCUGCCCAAUGCAUUGAGUAAUACCAUAUAUAUUCGAAACACAAAGCACCUUCUGUUGAAUUAAAUAAAUAACAUGCAAUUGUCGUGUUUUAAUAGGCCUACUUUGAUAACAAUAAGCUUACGGUUUGAUCAAAUAUAAUAUUUUCUGCAUAUUUAAACCAAUGACAUGCAAGAGUUAUAAUAAUUGUUUGAAGUUAUAAUAUGUGCUACUGCAGAAUGGUCGGUAUUUUCUAUUACAGUCCUCCUCAUCAGUUGUAAGCUAUCAAUAUAUAGACCUAAUACUAAAGAGAUAAUAAGACGUAAGCCUAAGAAGAAUAGGGCUAGCCAAUACAUUCAGCAGCUACAAUACGGCUAGUUUGUUUUAAACUGAUCUUUCUUAAAAUAUAUAUCGCCCUUCUUACAUCUAGCUAUUUUCAAGGUAUGAAAUAAAGGCUAUCUUGUAAAGACACGCAUGGACAAGAUAAUGGACUCUAGAUAAGACUGGACAAACGUUGCAACAAAGGGAAUGUUCUUGGUUUAUGCAGGUUUAUGCCGAUUCAUUUCUAAUAGAGCGUCUAAAAUAAUCAAUAUUGAACCCGGAGCAAAUCUGUUAAUGUUUGACGCUAUGCAUGGAACGUGAUAGCCUACUUGUGGUCUUUGUAGGCCUUAUAGACUUUUGAAAAUUGUCAUUUACUUUAGUGAUUUAUGGACACUUCAAACAAUGUUAGGAUUACCCAACAAUGUUAGGAUCACCCUGCCAGGUGAUUUUCUGCUGCAGAAGUAAACCAUUUGUUAAAAAUUGUACAUGCGUUUCGUACAUACUGUUUCUAGAAUCAUGAGCUGAGAUUGUACAGAAAACAUUUGGGUGAGUGGCACGCCUCUAUGUAAAAUCAAAAUAGUCUGACUCAGUAUAAGCUACAGUACAAUAACCAGAAUUUAUAUGUUUGUUUUUCACAGAAAAGGAGAGGAGCGUAGAACACAGAAGUGACGAUGGAAACGCAGAUGAUCCCAAAAAGAAGAAAGCGAGGCGGCAGAGGACUCAUUUCACCAGCCAGCAGCUGCAAGAGCUCGAGGCCACCUUUCAGCGGAACCGCUACCCGGACAUGAGCACGAGAGAUGAGAUAGCUGUGUGGACCAACCUCACCGAGGCCAGAGUCAGGGUAAGGACCUGGAGAUGCAUUUUGGCCCAUGCUGAAAACGUGCAUAGCGGUCUUGCAAGAGGUCGUGCAAACGCUUCACGGUUAUUGAUAAUAAAACUAUUGAUAAUAAUGAUUGUAUGAUAAUUAGACCAGUAGGGCGCUAGGUUAGGCCUACAUUUUGAUGAAUUCAAAGGGAAACCGUAACGAUGUGAAUUAAUGAAAGUAAAAACCUUUCCGUUUUUAACCUGUUCUGGGUUUAUUGCUUGACUUCAAGCCAACACCACUUGGAUGAUGUCAUUGCAAUAAUUACCAAUGAUUACAUUUUAGUCAUUUAGCAGACGCGCUUAUCCAGAGCGACUUACAGUUAGUGAGUGCAUACAUUUUCAUACUGGCCCCCCGUGGGAAACGAACCCACAACCCUGGCGUUGCAAGCGCCAUGCUCUACCAACUGAGCUACAGGGGACUACAUUACAUACGUUAUGAGGUAUGUCUGACGCCAUAAUUUUCCUCCAUCUUUAUGGGGGUGAUGGAUUACACAAAUGUAUCGACUUUUGAUGACAUUGCAUCUACAAUGUUUUUUAGUGUAUACUUACAGUAUCUGUGCCAAUCAAUUUAGAAUAUUUAUUUCGGUAACAGUUCAUUUUACAUAGGUCUUGUUAUUGCUAUAAUGUGUAUUGUUCACUACACACUCCACUGUAACGUGUUACUCUAGAAACGUUUUACAGCAAACCAUUUUAGUGCAGUGCAUGAGUAAUUACCAUAUUACCAUGCAUACACAUGUUCUUGCGAGUAAUUGCACAUUAGGCCUAUUGGAAACCCUUUUUGCAAAAUUCAACCCAAACCCCCUAAACAAAUCGGGUGUUUUAAUAACAAUAUAGGCAAGAAACAAGACAAGCUUGAGUUUUUUUGUGUCCUAGGCCUACAAUUAACGUAUGUCCCAUGUGUAAACGUACCAAUACUUUGAAGCCUACAUAUCAAAACAACAAUGCACUUUAGUCAGUUGGCAAGAAGUCGACAAUAAGCCCAAUAAGCGCCUAAUAUUAUUUUAAUUUCGUUUUUCAAUGGCUAAUAGAUUACGAUUAUCCAUACAUCUAUAGAAUAGUUUCAAACAUUAUGAAGAGGAUCACAAACUCUUAUUGACGCCCAAGCAGUAGCACAUCAUAACAUUGACCUUAUAUUAGCCAGAAGGGAAUUACGUACACUUAAAAUAGACGCACAAGAGUAACACCUAUUUUUCUGGAACAUUUUGUUCAGUGGUCUUGCAAGGGGUCGUGCAAACGCUUCACGGUUAUUGAUAAUAAAACUAUUGAUAAUAAUGAUUGUAUGAUAAUUCGACCAGUAGCCUGCUAGGUUAGGCCUACAUUUUGAUGAAUUUGAUUGUCCAUACUGCCUAUGCAGACGUGAGAGCGGGGAGAUAUAGGCCCACAGCUAAAACACAAUGACGAGGAGGCUUUUCUAGCUAAAUAUAACCCACCACUGCGCUCUAAGCUUAUGGUGUCACAUCGUUCAUGUCUUUGUGGACAAUUUAUCACUAGCCUACAACCGUGUGCCACGGAAGACUAUACAUAGCCCCACUUCAAAUUAUAUUGCCUAAUACUCCUGAUUUGUUUCCAUAAUAAAGUAAAAACGAAUUGUUCUUAUAAUAAAAACAUUAGAGAGCCAAUUUUGUCAAGUUGUGGCAAAAAUAUAUUCUAGGUUUUUUCAUCAUUCAUAGGCCUAAUUAGGCCUAGCCUAGGCUAUAUAUUUUCUAUUGGACUAUUAUGGAUUGUAUUAUAAAUGUUACAUAAUAAUAUAAUAACACAACUAUUGUUAUUAUUAUUAUUAUUAUUAAAUUAAAUUAUUUUUUAGAUCGCAUUUUUAAUAAACGUUUUUCUUUUGUCUUUGAUCUUUAGGUGUGGUUCAAAAAUCGCAGGGCCAAAUGGAGGAAGCGUGAACGCAACCAGCAAAUGGACCUGUGUAAGAACAGCUACCUUCCCCAGUUCAGUGGACUCAUGCAGCCCUACGACGACAUGUAUCCUGCCUACACGUACAACAACUGGACGAACAAAGGACUGACCCCGGCUAAUCUGUCCACAAAGAACUUCACUUUUUUCAACUCAAUGAGCCCACUCACAUCCCAGUCAAUGUUCUCAGCUCCUAACUCCAUCUCCUCUAUGACUAUGGCCGGAGGUAUGGGGGGCCACUCGGCUGUACCGGGGAUGCCAACUGCGGGCCUGAACAACAUCAGCAAUUUUAACGGAAUCGGCACCUCUACAAUCAACUCAGUCAUGUCCUCGUCGUCCUGUCCGUAUGGGCCUCCCGGUUCCCCUUACAGCGUAUACAGAGACACAUGUAACUCUAGCCUUGCGACCCUGAGACUGAAAUCGAAACAGCACCCAACCUUUGGAUACAGCGGGUUGCAAAGUCCCGGGUCUAGCCUUAAUGCCUGUCAAUACAACAGUUGACGCAUCAGCCGUGAUGAAAAUAAUCUGCGGACAGCCUAGCCUACCUGCGAAUGGGGCGAAAGACAACUAAACUGGAUUAGUUGCAAUCAUUUAUUUUUCCAAUGGAUUAUGCGGGUUGUAGCCUGUGUGUUUACCAAUGAACUUGUAUGCUACAACAAUUUAUAUGACCAUGUUUUUUGGAUUUAAAAGUGAUGAUGAAGACGUGUUACAUUGCAACAUUGUACAUUAGCCUACAUAAUAAACAAACAAAGGAACUCCUAUGCAUGUUCACUUACUUCCUUUGAGGGCUCAAACCCAUUUGAACAUGGCUUGUAUUGGUCUAGGCCAGCGUUUCCCAAACUCGGUCCUGGGGA